AACUGUCAGGUUGUUGCUCAGGUAGCCCCGGGCUUGCUGUGGUCUCGGUGGCGCCGCGCGGCCUGGACGGAAGCGGGGACGAGAGCGGAGAAGAAUGUCAUCAGAUGAGGACAGAUACUCCCUUCCACCUGUGCAAAAUGACUCGGAUCAUGGCAGUUCUGUCUCUACAAGCCUUCAGGAAGUUCCUACAGUAAGAGAAACUGGAACAGAAGUUGGAAAAGGUUACGAUGUUCCUAUUUCCAGCCGUUUAAAGACAAGCGGCUCACCACCAGCAUUAUCACCAAGGAAAUCUCACCCAGUCAUGGACUUUUUCAGUUCCCAUCUUUUAGAUGACUCUUCCUCUGCAGACACUAAUUCUGCUCACACAGAAACCCACAAAACAGUUUCAGGAGAUUAUCUUGUUUCUGAUGAAAACCUUCAGAAAUUAGAGAGUGUACUUGAUCUUUGGAGUUCAGGUCUUAAGACAAACAUUAUCUCUGAACUCAGUAAGUGGAGACUUAAUUUUAUAGACUGGCACCGAAUGGAGAUGAAGAAAGAGAAAGAAAAGCACACAGCACAUGUAAAGCAGCUGUUCAGCCAGAUCACUGAAUUAAAGGAGCUGCAGAGAGCCUUUGAGGUUUCCAUUGGGAGAAAAGAUGAGGUGAUUGCCAGCUUGUCUCAUGCCUUAGCCAAGCAAAAGGAAAGGAUAGAGUUGAUGAGGACAUUCUUCCACUGGCGAAUUAGCCAUGUCAAAUGCAGACAGGACAUUUAUGAAGGCAAACUAGCAGAUCAGUACUUCCAUCGAACCUUGCUGAAGAAAGUCUGGAAAGGCUGGCACUCCGUAGUACAGAGGCAGUGGAAGGAGAUGGUAGAACGAGCUUGUCAGGCAAGAGCCGAAGAAGUUUGCAUCCAGAUUUCACAUGAUUAUGAAAACAAGAUUGCUAUGUUAUCUGGAGCUUUGGAAAAUUCAAAAGCUGAUAUUCAGAAAUUGCAGCAAGAAAAAGAGCACUUUGAAGAUUCCAUGAAGAAAGCUUUUAUGAGAGGGGUUUGUGCAUUAAAUCUCGAAGCCAUGACUAUGUUUCAAAACAAAAAUGAUACAGGACUGGAAUUCGCAAACAGCAAGGAAGAGGGAGUGCCUAGUGUUCAGAGCAGAGAGCGCUCGGUGCAUUCAGAUGUGUCCACGGCUGCUGCCAUGUCCUCAGCAGUUCAGCUGCAAGCUCCUCCCUCAGCAGCAGGAGGCUUGGCCAGCUCCUCAGUGCUCCCCUCCGCUACUUCCAUGACUUCCACUGCAGCUACAUCGUCCUCUUCUGUUCACGUUCCUGUUCCUGUAUCUGUGCUCAACAUGGGAUCUGUGGCUCCUGCUGCCCAGGAAGACAUGUAUGUGCCAAGAAUGGUAACUUCAGCACAACAGAAAGCUUCAAAAACAAUUACAGCCCGGAUUACAGGGAGAUGUGAUUUUGCUUCAAAGAAUAGAAUUAAUAGCAGUUUGGCUAUAAUGGGAGUUUCUCCUCCCAUGAGCUCCGUUGUUGUGGAAAAACAUCAUCCAGUCACAGUGCAAACUAUUUCUCAAGCAGCUGCUGCAAAAUAUCCACGGACCAUCCAUCCUGAAAGUGUCACAGCAUCUAGAUCUCUUGGAAGCAGGUCAGCCCACACCCAGUCUCUGGCAAAUGUUCAGUCCAUAAAAGUGGUUGACUAAAGUGAACCUUUUCACACACACAUCGUCAUUCCUCUAACCGUUCCAGCCUUGUUAGAAGAUCGUGGAUACAUCAUGUUCAUCUUUUCAAACUUACCUCUUUUGCAAGCUGUACCAUCCUUUGUAACUAUAUGUAGAAAGUAUUUUAAUGUUAUUUUUAUUUAAACAAUUAAGUAAUGCUUCUUUAAAUUAAAACAUGAACUUCAUUUGUAAAUAUA